AUGUCGUUCUUGAAACAAAUCACAUCUGCCACAUACAAAUCCUCAGACGCUGCGGUGAGGAAGCUCUCCGAGGACCUCGCCCAGAAGAGCGACCGGCUUCAGACGCUGCAGAAAGAGAAGGAGCACCUGGUGGAGUUGAGCCAGCAGGCCAUCGAGGACUUGCAGUGCGAGGAAGAGAAGGUGAACCUCUUGACCAAAGAGAAAGCCAAGCUAAAGCUCCAGGCGGAAGAUCUGGAGGAUCUCCUGGAGCAGGAGCGUAGACUCCGGGCGGAUCUGGAGAAGAGCAGGAGGAGGCUGGAGGGAGACGGCAGGAACGGCAUGGAAAACCUGAGCGAGAUCGGCAAGAUGAGGGCCAGUCUGGAGGAGAUGAUCAGGAGGAAAGAUGUGGAGAUCAGCAGCGUCAGCAGCCGUCUAGAGGAGGAGGAGGACCUGAACGCGGGCCUGCAGACGAGGAAUAAGGAGAUCCAGGCCCGAAUCGAGGAGCUGGAGGAAGAACUGGAGGCCGAGAGAGCUUUACGGGCCAAGGUGGAGAAGCAGCGCGCGGAUCUGACUCGUGAUCUGGAGGAGUUGUCAGACCGGCUGGAGGAAGCAGGAAGAGCCACGGCCUCUCAGAUGGAGAUGAAUAAGAAGCGAGAGCAGGAGCUGCAGAGGUUGAGGCGAGAGCUCGAUGAGUCUGCGCUUCAGGCGGAGUCGAUGUCAGUCGCUCUGAGGAAGAGACACUCUGAAGCACUGGCUGAACUGGGAGACCAGUGUGAGAGUCUGCAGAGAACCAGAGCCAAACUGGAGAAGGAGAAGCAGAGUCUGCGGCUGGAGGUCGACGACCUGACGGCUUCCCUCGACACACUGCAGAAAGCCAAGGCCUCGACUGACACACAGCUUAGGAAACUAGAGGAGCUUCUGUGUGAAUCCAACACCAGGAGUGAAGACCUGCAGAAAACCGUCAGUGAAGUCACUGCUGCCAAGAACAGACUCUCAGUUGAAAACAAUGAGCUUGCGAGGCAAAUGGAGGAUCUGGAGAACAAGGGCAUCCACAUGAGCCGCUCCAGAACCCUGCUGAUGUCCCAACACGAGGAGCUCAAGAAACAACUCGAGGAAGAGCUCAAGGCUAAAGCGGCGUUGAGCGGCGCUCUGUCUGCGGUUCGCCAGGAGUGUGUGGUGUUGAAGGAGCAGUUUGAGGAGGAGCAGGAGAGCAAACAGGAGCUCCAGCGUCUCGUCUCUAAACUCAACAGUGAAAUCACGCUCUGGAGGAGCCGCCUCGAGGCCGAUGCCAUCCAGCACUGCGACGAGCUCGAGGAAACCAAGAAGAAGCUGUGUGUGCGACUGCAGGAGGCCGAGGAGGCGCUGGAAGCCACGCAAACCAAGAGCUCCAGCCUGGAGAAGAGCAAGCAGCGUCUGCAGGGAGAGCUGGAGGAGCUGAGUGUGGAUCUGGAGAAGGCGAGCGCCGUGUCCUCAGUGCUGGAGAAGAAGCAGAGGAUGAUGGACAAGCAUGUGAGCGAGUGGAGGCAGAAGUGUGAGGAUCUGCUGAGCGAGGUGGAGAACUGCCAGAAGGAGAGUCGACAGCACAGCGCUGAACUCUUCCAGAUCAAGACGGCCCACGAGCAGGCGCUGGAGCAGAGCGAGGCUUUACGCCGCGAGAACAAGGCCUUGCAGGGUAACACACACACACUCACACAC